ACCCCUGCACCAACAAGCCCGCCCUGUAACAGCCCAACGCCACCGGCCGCAACUCCAACUGCAUGCGCGAGUGCCUCGAGAAGAACUACAAGAAGACAUCAGGCAAGGAGACCAUCAAGCUCGCCAUCAGAACACUCCUCGAGCCAGCCCGACAUCAGGCGCGUCGUCUCGGAGGACGUCCUCGCCGCCGCGACCUCCGCCUCGAUCGGCAAUCACGCCAAGCAAUUACGCAACUGCCUCACGCCGGCAGUGCGCCCGGCGGCAGGAUCACCAUCGCCGCCGUUGUUUAAAAGGUCACAGUUCCGGGGUUGGCGAUCACGUCAGGCAAUUGGGCCACAGGCCACAGCCUCACGCCAGCAGUGCGCCCGGCGGCAGGGUCACCUUCGCCACCAUUUAAAAAGGUAAUGCAUUCUUUGAUCAUCAAAAUACUGCUUUUGUGAUCCCUACAAGCAAAUUACCCACUGGCAGCAGUGCGCCCGGCGGCAGGAUCACCUUCACCGCCAUCUUUUUUGUUGUGACAUAUUUCGGUUGAAGCAAAUGGAUGGCCGUCGACCAUUUGGAGAUACAAAUACAUUGAAUCGUCGUAAGCGACAUUCAUAUGAUCUACAUGAUAACCAAGCUGUGCAAAAUGUUGAUUGCACCGAGCAAAGGGAAGUUAAGAGGCAAAGGGCUAGGGAGAAAUAUGCAAGCAUGCCAGCUGAUAAAAAAGCCGAGUUGAAUGCUAAGAGGCGAGAAAGUUAUUAUCAGAAAAAGGCCGAAAGAGAAGCUGCUCGGAAUAAUACAAAGAAUCUCGGUAUAAUUUUUACAACCCGACACAUUAGUAUGUGAGUCUGCUACUCAAAAUGUAUUGACCAUAUGUAGGUGUUGCUCCUUUGAUUAAUGAAACAAAUACAUUCAAUGGCGUUGUUGAGCAACCGACUUCUGAGUUAGACGGGACAACCACAAUAGGUGUUACCUAUGUGAUUAAUAAAACAAAUACGUCCAAUGGCGUUGUUGAGCAUCUAACUUCUGAGUUAAACGAGAGAACUACAGAUGAUUCUGAUGAUUCAUGGUUGCAUCACAAUGAUACUUUCCAAACAAUUCCAAUGGAAGUUCUUCCGGAAUUGUCUCUGGUCGAGCGGCGGAGGGCGAAAGACAGAGAAAGGUGGAGCAAAAGGUACCUUAAUAUGACGGAUGAUCAGAAGGCUAAGAAAAAUGCCAACAAACGAUCAACUAGGACUAUCAGUUAUUCUGAUAUUAUGGCCAAUGUUGCAGCCAACGAAGAAAGAAUAGAGGGUACCUCUGUCACGCCAUAUGGUACCGGCACAUCAGUAGUUGAGGAUGAGAUUACUCCAGAGGAGCUGAAAAGGGAUUAUGAUAGGAGAAGGUAUCUUGAAAUGACAGAUUUAGCAAAGCAUGAGAAGAUAUUAAAAGCUAAUGAAUGCCAAAAGCAAAAAAACAUACCCAAUCAAGGUGAACAUAUUGAUACACCUGUUGCUGGGACCUUACAAUCUGCAUUGACGCAACAACAGUCUGGUCGAAUAACUAGGGCGCGCACUAGAAAUAUUGAUCGAGAAGAUCAGUUUGACUUUGGUUUAUGGGAACCAGAUGACCCGAUGCAUGGAGUUGAAGAACAUGAUUUAGAUGUGCAGAACCCAGUGGAUUAUGGACCUGCUAAUAUAGAGGACGAUGAGGCACGCGUAUUCCAUCACCAUGAUUUCGAGUACGAGUAUGUUGUGGAUGCUGAUAUUGGAUAUAGAUGUUCGGAUUCAUAUGAUGCAGUGUACAAGAAUCUUCCUAAGAAACACCAUGUUCUGAAAAAAGCAAAAAACUAUCAAUUCUGCCAUGCAAAGAGGUUCCCAGAGUACAACAUUGAACUUAAUAAAAGCAUAUCUGUUGAUCAGAGGAGAUAUAACGCCUCUGGGAUGGAUCAGGUCGCUGCUAUAUGGACGGACGGUAAUGACCCUCAACAGAGGUUUUCUCGAAGCAUAAUAAUAUAG